GGAGGAUCGAAUAUCCUAGUACAGCCUUGUGAGUGUUCCAUGAUAAUUUAGUCCCCUCGUUUUCGCUGUCUUGAGGAUCAGAGGCUCAAAGUUCUCAGGGAAUAAGGUUGCUAGGAAAUGCAAGUGACGUGCGCAGCGAAGCGACAGCUGACCGGCGUUCGAAAAAAGGUAGCCUCGAUGUUUGUUUUUUUUUUCAAUAACCCUUGCCAUUGGCAAGUUCUCAUAUCUGGGAUAUUCCGGCGCUUGGGUGUGUGGCGUGGAGCCAUCUUCGAGUUUCUUCUCUUCUUGGAACGCACGGAUGCAAUAUUUCAAUUGAGUCUCGUCUCCACGUUUUCAGAUCGCCGUCGCACGUGUAGCGACCCCGAAUUUAAGCCCCAGAUAACUUAUAUAAAACGCUUGACCGUAUCUCUUUUUCUCUGUGACCCUUGAUCAUGUCCCAGCCAACAAGUGACCCAAAUGGCCUAGGCCCUGUACCCACAGUCAUCAUCGACGGCACCAGUUUCGUAAUCGUCUCAAAGCAACUCGUCGACAUCCUUCCCUCUCUUUCUCCGUCCGACCAAACUACAGUCAUUAACCUGCUCGCCACUUUUAUCAAAGAAGUUGAAACCAACGGCUCCGACCCAAUCUACAUGCGCGCCAUCGGCAUGCUCGAGCCCAACGAGGUCGACACAGACGGAAACAAAAAGCUCCACCUCCUCGACGGGUGUUCGUGGCAAAUGGCGCAGUUCAUGCGGUACUGCGAGCCUACGCGGAUCGACGAGGCGGAGCCCUUCAUCCAGACGUCGCUGACUCAGUACCGGAGGUUCCACCCCUCAGAGGACGCGGUGAAGGACGUCACGCCGAUGCUGUACCUCGCUGCGUCGUAUGCAAAGCAGCCUGGGAAAGAGGCCGAGGCGGAGCGAGUGUUCAAGGAGGUAGAGAAGGAGUCCUGGGGAAGUUGGAGGACGAAUUUGUGGGCUAGGGCGCAUAUGAGCAGGAUGUAUAGGCGCGUGGGGAAGACAGCGGAGGCGGAAGAGCAGGAAGAGCACGUCGCUCGUUGGUUCACAGGCCACCAGUUUGCAAUCUCGCCUUCCGAUUUCAAGACGACAGUCGGCGAUUCUACGUAUUCAGGGGAGAAUCAUAUCUUGAACCACCCAGCGGUGAGGAAUAUCUUGGAUAAUUCCGUGGAGCUUGGUACAGGGAUGUCUAUACAUUUUGGAUGACUGGUCGAGGGAGUAAGAAAUACAGUCAGCCGUAAUGAUAUCUGAGGUACAUUAAAACUCGCGGUUAGUGGAGUCUUAACGCCAAUCAUACACAUUCGAUUCGUC